UAAAUAUAGCAGCUCCUUGCGCUGCGUCAACAAGUGUCUGCUGGCAACACUGUGUGCGGUGUGUUGUGUUGUGCUCCUCAAACCUCGGCGCGGCGCGGCGCCCUCACCCUCAGACACCCCCAGCAGAACACGAGAACAGCUGCCGCUGUGACGGGCACGAGGGGCCUCUGUGUGUGUGAGGCCAGCACACAGGAACAGCUGCCUAAUGAAGGACUCCACUGAAUUUCUGAAGAUGGAAGUGAAGGAAGAACCAGUGGACCAGCAGGGGUCAUCCAGCCACCUCCCUUCCUCCUCCUCAGCAGGGGUGGAUAGGGUCAGGGGUCCUUCAGGGGAUGUCAAGGAGGAGGAUGUCUGGGUUAAGGAUGAGCCCAUUGAGGAGCUGGACACUGUCAACACCACCACCUUCACUCCCAAGCCUGAAAGCACUUGGGGUCCUUCAGGGGAUGUCAAGGAGGAGGAUGUCUGGGUUAAGGAUGAGCCCAUUGAGGAGCUGGACACUGUCAACACCACCACCUUCACUCCCAAGCCUGAAAGCACUUGGACCGAGGACUCUGGUGCCCAACACACUCCCCACACAGCUGAAGGCAGCACGGCACGGCUGCACGUGGCCGCUGCAGCGCUGCCACAGGAGCCAGCCGCAGACCAGGACAACAGCGGCUCAGACACCGAUGAGGCGGGUCAACUUGAGGGUUUGGCCGCUGUCGGAGAGGAAAAGAGUGAAGAGAGUAGAGGCGAGGAGAAGAUGAAGACCCUCGGGGAGCUUCAACAGGAACUGGACUUUCAUAUCAAGCCCAGCGAAGCCAAGGUGGAGGCACUCGACGCCUCACACUGGCCGCUGCUGCUCAAGAACUUCGACAAGCUCAGUGUGCGGACUUGCCACUUCACUCCGCUGACCUCUGGGUGCUCACCACUGAAGCGCGACAUCACCGAGUACAUCAAGUCUGGCUUCAUCAACUUGGACAAGCCCGCCAACUGCUCGGCCCAAGAGGUGGCGUCCUGGGUCAAGGGUAUCCUGGACCUGGGGAAGAUAAGUCACUCGGGGACGCUGGAGCCCAAGGAGACAGGCUGCCUUAUCGUGUGUCUGGAGAGGGCCACGCAGCUGGUCAUGUCCCAGCAGAGGGCCGACAAGGAGUAUGUGUGUGUCUUCCGCCUGCAAGAGAAUCUGAGUAGUGAGGAGAGUUUCAAACUGGCAUUUGACAGACUCAAAGGGCCACAGUUUCAGCGACCGCCUCUGAGGCCUUAUCGGUCUUUCUCACCGGCAUUGGCCAGACUCAAGGGGCCGCAGUUUAAGCGACCGCCUUGGAAAUCUGCACCCAGGUCGUUACAAGUCAGAAGUGUAUGCAACCUAGAGCUUCUGGAGUUUGACGCAGAGAAAAAUUUGGGUGUGUUCCGGGUGAGGUGUGAGGCCGGCACCUACAUCAGCGCCUUGUGUGUGCACCUGGGCAUGCUCCUGGGCGUGGGCGCGCAGAUGCAGGAGCUGAGGAAGGUGGGCUCAGGUGGGUGGCUGCUGUGUUCCGUCAGUUUGUAAGUCUACAGGAUCGAA